UUCUUUUUUUUUCCAAGAUGGCGGCGCACGCAGUUGCAGCGGCUCAUUGCUCUCUCGGUCGGUGCUAUGUUUGGCUGCUUGUGUAUGUGUUGAUUUGUGUUCCGUACUCGUCAUGUCGGACAAACAAAAUAUACAGUCGGGACGAUCUCCUGACGAUCGGUGCCCGCUACGAACUAGAUGUUACAGCUGAUUUUCAACGCUUGUUCAAUAUUCCGGGGGACAUAGCGAGGAGCCCCGGCGCGCCGUGGAUUACCAUCGCAGCAGGGAGGAAGCGACGGCGGCGUAGAGAGAGAAGGCAGAAGCGGGGAUGCAGGGCCGGCGUGCUAGCUAGGCUACGGAGGCAACCACACAAACCACCGCUCCCCAGCCUGUUUCUCUCGAACGCCAGAUCCCUUGCAAACAAGAUGGAUGAACUGAGACUACAGGCUGCAUCUCACAGCGCAGUGAAGGACAGCUGUAUUCUUCUGAUCACGGAGACCUGGCUGCAUCCAGACGUAGCGGACUCUGCCAUCGAGCUAGCAGGCUACACAGUACAGCGCCACGACAGGACGAAAGACUCCACUGAUGGAGGAAGGCAGAGAGUACUGGCAGCAGAGGAGGUGGCAUUCUGGGUGAUGGCACCUAUGAGGGGGCGUCAGGAUGAACUGUGGUGAGGUGGAGACCCCAAGUUCCCCCAGUAAGGAGCUCAGUGACCUCAGGUCUACACUACAGGAGAGACGUCGGGCCUUUACUGAAAGCAGCGUAAUGUUGGAUAAUUUUUGGACAAAAAAAACCCGCCAGAUGGUCCAGAUGUUAACAAGCAUUUAUGUCUUAUUUUGUGUGGAAAUAUUGAAAAAAUAAAAUGAAAUAAAGAA